AUGGCAUCGAGCACUAUCAAAGAAACCGCCAGCGAUGCCGCUGCCACCGCAACAGCUGCGGCUUCGGCCAUUGAACGCCCAACAGACUUCCUGCACCACCCAUACACUCGCGCCGCCUUGCCCUUCAUCAACGGUGGUCUAGCUGGUAUGACCGCCACGGUCGUGAUCCAGCCCGUUGAUAUGGUCAAAGUGCGUCUGCAGCUCGCCGGCGAGGGAGCCCGCACCGGACCCAAGCCCUCUGCCAUAGGAAUCACGCGCGACAUCAUCGCAUCCGGCAAAGCCCUGGAUCUAUACACCGGACUCUCCGCCGGUCUCCUCCGCCAAGCAGUCUACACAACCGCCCGCCUCGGUUUCUUCGACACCUUCAUCACGCGCCUCAACACCCGCGCCGAAGCAGCAAACCGCAAGGUAACCUUCGCAGAGCGCGCCGCGGCUGGACUAAGCGCGGGUGGUAUUGCAGCCAUGAUUGGAAACCCAGCCGACUUGGCCCUCGUGCGCAUGCAGUCGGACGGCCUCAAGGCUCCCGAAGCGCGGGCAAACUAUCGCUCUGUGUUCGACGCCUUGUUCCGGAUUACCCGCGGCGAGGGAAUCGGGGCGCUGUGGGCGGGUGCUUUCCCGACAGUGGUGCGGGCUAUGGCGCUGAACAUGGGCCAGUUGACCUUCUUCGCCGAGGCCAAGCAGCAGCUGAAGCAGCACACGGCAUUGUCGGUGCAAAACCAGACGUUCGCGGCCUCUGCUAUUGCUGGGUUCUUCGCUAGUUUCUUGUCGUUGCCUUUUGAUUUCCUCAAGACUCGUUUGCAGAAGCAGCAGAAGGAUCCCCAGACUGGAAAGCUUCCUUACAAGGGGAUGCUGGAUUGUGCGCGGAAGGUUGUGGCGGAGGAGGGUUGGUUGCGCUUCUACCGGGGCUUCGGAACUUACUACGUUCGGAUCGCUCCUCAUGCGAUGGUGACUCUCAUCGUGGCCGAUUAUCUGAACAUCAUCACCAAAUAA